UUUUAGCACUCCAGUCAAGAAAUUGAUCCACCUAUGCUACCAACAUCAAUUGAUUGUGCGUUACCUAAUCAAAAUGAAAUAACACCUUUGUCAUCGAAUCGAUGGAAUCUUAAAAAAAGAAAAAGAACGACUGUCACUGCCAUGGAGAAAAAAAAUAAUGCAGAAAGCUUUCAGACACUAAUGGAAAAUAAAAUAAAUUUAAUAAACAUUCAGAAGGACUGUUACAAAGUUGAGUUGUCUACCAAGGAAGAAGAUAAAACAAAUAGAAACGAGGAGUGGCAGCUUAAACAAAAAAUUUUGGCUUUAGACAUUCAGAUAAAGGAAGAACAGUACAAUGAACUAAAAGAAGAGCGCGCACGGAAAAGGACCCUAUUCAGUUUGCAAGAAGAAGAACAAAAAAUAAAAAUAGAAAUAUUAAAAUCCGAACUGAAUAUGAAACUUAAACAAAGUUUGGGGCUAUCUUAAUUCUCAUUAAUAAUAAAUUAUACACAAAUCACGUGUUACUUUUGUGAUAAGUAAAUUAUAAUAUAGUAAUGUUAAGGGUUACAUCAUG